UCUAUAUGUUCUACCUAAAUAACACUUAGAUAUGAUCUAUUAAUCCAUGUGUAACAUCUCUCGUUAUCGGCGGAUUUUCUAUCUCCCACAUUUUACGAGUAUGAGUGUCUAUAAUAGCAGAACGCAGGAAGUCAAUGUGUUCAAUGCUUGGUGCCUUCAUAAUGGUUGAUGAUUCAUAAGGUUUCCAGUUGAUGACAUUUUAGACAUAGCAAUAUUUAUGCUGAACGUUAUUGAUUCUUAUAAUUUACAGUGUAUUUCCAGUUAAUGUGUAUUGACAUGUGCAGCUUGUGCACAUAAUAUCGUACUGUCUUGUAUCCCAUGGAAGGCGCCCUCGAUGCUACACACCACAGGAAGCCAGAACAUAUUUAAAUGCACUUUAUAUUGCAAUGUGAAUUACAUUGUGUUAUAAUGCGGCCUAUUGGCCUGCAACUGGGUUCGUGUUAUUCAGCUGUGUUAGCUAUAAUGAACAAUUCAUGGAGCCUUCUUGUAUUUGUGUUGUUUCUAACGUACUGCGAUGUUAAUUCCAUUAUUAUAGGUGUUAAUGUUGGAAACAGUCUCCGACAACAACACACAUCUUCUAUAUGUUAUUGUCCUGUUGCUUUCACAGCCUCGAUUCGUCGAGAUGUGAAUGCAAAACAUGCGUCAUAUGAUCUGCGUUCAAUUCGGAUCAAUGUUUAGGUUAAAUGAGGAACAUAUAUUAAUGCAGAUUAUUUGCAUUCCCAACUUAUUGAUGUUCUAGAAGAGCCAUCCUAACUAUGGUUCUAUUCUUUAUAAUUACAUCGCGACGAAUACAUUUUCCCCGCUGUGCAUUGCUCCCAUAGCUAGGAGACAAUUUUUUAGAACGUUGGUUUUACAUUAACUAAACGAAUCACACUAUAUCACGUGCGGCAAACAUAGACACUUCCUGCACAUACAUUCUUAGCGGCUUACACAACUACGGUUAGUAUUUGUUAAUAGAUCAUGAUACAGAGGAGGUAAAAGUGGCCAAUGAAAAAUGUUUAUAGACAUACAUUUCUUCUACCAUAUAUAAAACCUUUUGUAGUUCUUAGAAUCUAUUCGCACUGUGCAUACCACUAAAUCCCAUGGAAU